UUAGCUGGAAUUUUUCAGACCUAUGCUAUCAUGAGUGAAACCAUAGUGAGUGAAUCAGAGCUGGCCCAGCACAACUCAAUCGACGACCUCUGGGUGGCAGUGGAGGACAAAGUGUACAACCUGACUCAGUUCCAGUUCGAACAUCCGGGAGGCUCCGAUAUCCUGGUGGAAGUGGCCGGAAAAGACGCUACUGAGGAGUUCGAGGACGCCGGUCACAGUGAAGAUGCGCGUGAAAUGAUGGAAUCAUACCUAGUUGGAAAACUAGAAGAUAGUGCGAAACCGAAAUCGGGCAAAAAGAAACCCCCCUCCCUCAGCGAUGGAAGCUCGCCACUCAGCUCAUAUCUAGUUUACGGAGGCAUAGCAAUUGGUGUGGUGAUUAUCGCGUGCGUCUUGCUUAACCGAAGAACUUGCAAACACUAAAAUUGUAAUGUGAACAAGUCUCAAAAUGGUGCUUAUCCCAGAUAGUAACAUUAUUUUUGUAAUUUUAUCAGUUUGCUUAUAUUUAUUUGGUUGAUCGUAUAUAAUUUAUCCUGUAUUACAAUG